UUCACACGGCGCAUGCGUAGUAGCGUCAUAACGACAAGACGAGCUGUUAUGUUUUCUGUAGCAACGGUCUGUGACCCGAAAAAAGUCGCCGUUAAAGGUUGAACUAUGUCCAGUGUGCUGGAUGAGACAUCAGCAGAUGUUCCUGUCAGAGACUUCAGUGUGAAUCUUUCCCGGCCUGCAGAUCCGUCCGUGUAUCAAAAUGCUCGAGCACGUCAGGAUAUCUCGCGGGUGUCCCGUGAGGAGCUGGAGGACCGGUUCCUGCGCCUCCACGAGGAGACUCUGCUCCUCAAACAGCACAUUCACACACAGGACGACAAGAUCAAGAAACUGGGCACGAAGCUGAUGAGGCUGGUGAAGGACCGCGGUCGCAUGGAGCAGCUGGCGGCGGGCGGCGCUCAACCGCUGUCCAGGGUUCGAGACGUGGAGAUGGAGGAGAUGAUGGAGGAGCUCCAGGAGAAGGUCAGAGGACUGCAGGCCGAGAACGAGAGACUGAAACAGCGCCUCCUGGUGUCCAAACAGCAGCUCAUCAACUGCCAGAGCAGGAGGCCGACGCCGUACGGCCACGUCCAGCCGCGGGUCAACUCGGGGAUGAAGAGGCUGCGAGACGACGCGUCCUCUCCCUCUCAAACACGACCCAAAAGUACCAGGAGUCUGGAGGGAGCCGGGAGGCCUCCGACCGGCCAGCUGCCUCGAUACGGACACAGUCUGCUGGAGGAGGCCAGAGCCGAGAUCCGCAACCUAGAGAACGUGAUCGAGUCGCAGCGCAGCCACAUGGAGGAGAUGGAGGGAGCGUCCGACCUGCUGCGAGAGGAACUGAGGAAGAAGGAGGAAGAGUAUGAAGAGAGACUCCUGCAGGUCCGACAGCAGCAGACCUCCAAACUCAGGUCACAUGUCAACAGCAACAUGAUGAUGAUCAAACUGCAGAAGCAGCUGGCUGACAGGUCCAACGCCAUCGCAGAGCUGGAGGGUCGAUUCCUGCAAAUACAAGAGAGUCAGAGGACCCUGAAGGUCAGUCAUGACGCAGCGAUGAUGAAGGUGGACGAGCUGUCGGCUCAGCUGAAGGACGAACGACUGAAGAGUCUGGAGCUGGAGAAACAGCUGCAGAGCUCCGUCAUCUCCACGAAGAAGAUGGAGCAGCUGCAGGAGCGAAUCGGUGAUCUGCAGCAGGAACGAGACCUGCUGAAGGACAAUAAUGACAAACUGGUGAACAGCGCCUUCGACGUCUCUCAGCAGCAGAAGUGGAGCGUUCAGGAGCAGCAGCUGAAGUUACAAAUCGCACAGCUGGAGACGGCGCUGAAGGCCGACCUCGUCGACAAAAACCAGAUCCUCGACAAAAUCAAGGCUGAGAGGGACACAAACGAGAAGCUGACAGAAGAAAAUCAGAAGCUUCAUCUUCAGUUUGUGGAACAGAAGCAGCAGCUGGAAGAACUGACUGAUCGUCUGAAGUCCCACAGCAGGGAGAGCGAGUACGACGUGGACGAACUCACAGAGGCUCUGCUGCUAAUUAAGAAGCGUAAAUGUCAGAAGAGCGGCGAGCUGGGCUUCCUGAAGGAGGAGGAGGACGGAGCGAGCGGCGGCACAGAGAGCGCCGUCAGACAGCUGCGAGCCGCUCACGCCGAAACCAUCCAGGAGCUGGAGAAGACCAGAAGCAUCCUCAGCAUGGAGAGCAAGAUCAGCAAAGACUACAAGGCGGAGCUGGCGGCGGUGCUGCAGAAGAUGGACAGCGACAGACUCCAGUCUGAGCAGAAGCUGCAACAUCAGGCUCAGCUGCUGGACACCAGAGCAGCAAAGAUCAAGAAGCUGGAAGCUCAGCUCAGAGACAUCGCCUACGGCACCAAAGCCCACGUCUUCAAACCGGACAUCACCGAUGAAGACGAGGCAGAUGAGCUCGAUGAAAGUCUUCAUCUGGAGCGAGGAGAGAACCUUCUGGAGCUGCAGAUAGUCGGCGCCGCUCUGUCUGCGUCCGCCCUGCAGACUCUGGGUGACGCCGAACCCUCCACCUUCUGCACCUACUCCUUCUAUCUGUUUGAGCUGCACUCCACGCCGGUGGCCACCGGCCAGAGGCCGCAGUACGGUUUCACAUCCAAGUAUGUGGUUAGCAUGGACGAGCGCUUCUUGGACUACCUGCACAGGUACUCUGUCAGCGUGGAGCUACAUCAGGCUCUAGGACUGGACUGGAGGACUCUGGCCAGCGGACAGCUUCGGCUGCAGCAGCUCCUGGAACAGGACGGGAAGGUUCAUGGGACCAUACCGCUGGUCGGUAAGUGUGAGGAGGCGCGGUCCUUCGGCUCUGUGGAUUACUGGAUGAGGCUGAGGAUACCGAUGACAGAAACCAUCUGUCUGUAUAAAGAGAAGGUGAAGGCUGUGGGCUACAUCAACACCGCACUGAGCCAGGACGGACAGCUGCAGCCGCUCAGCAGCAGCAGCUGGAAUGAACUCUGCAUCAACGUGCAGCGCUGCAGAGACCUGCAGCCCGCCGUCUCCCAGCGACCCACCGGCUCCCAGCAGCCCGCCGUCUCCCAGCGGCCCGUCGGUUCCCAGCAGCUCAGCCCUUAUGUGGUUUACAAGUUCUUUGACUUCCCCGACUAUCCCACCGCCACCGUCCACGCCUGCUCCCACCCCCAGUUCAACGACGUCAAGUCCUACUCCGUCCCCAUGGACGAGGAUCUGGACCGGUACCUGAAGUCCGAGGCCCUUCAGUUCUACGUGUUCGACUACGAGGAGGAGCAGAUGGACGUGUAUGUGGGCAAAGCCCGAGUGCCUCUGCUGCCUCUGUCCCGGGACGACAGCAUCAGCGGUGUGUUUGAGCUGACCGACCCCUCCGGACUUCCUGCCGGCCAUCUUGAAGUCACACUGAAGUGGAGGUUCGCUUACCGUCCUCCAGGCUCCGUUAUGACUGUCGAAGAACCCGAAUUCAUCCCCAAAGAGAAGCGUGAAGAGGAAACAGCUGAGGAAGAGAAGAAAGACAAAGAUGAGGCUCUUCAUCCCUCUUCCCUCCCUGACGCUGCUGCUUCUAAGGCACCGCUGCCGAAGCUCAGACAGAGGACACAAGCGAAGGCACCGGCGGCUAAAAAGGUCACGUUCAUAGAAAGCUCCGCUGCAGACGAGCAGCUCGUGUCUGAAGCUGCUCACAUCACGGCAGAGGAAGAGGAGGAUGAAGAGUCUCACUUUUCUGAAGGACAGCUGGUCGCAGCGAGCGCUCAGUCCUACUCUGACGAUUCGGACAUCUCCGAGGAGAUUAUUGAAGAUGUUGAGGAGGUCCCAGCAGCUGCAGAGGAUCAGAGGGAAUCGACCCAGUCCGACAGCGAUGACUGCAUCGUUCAUGGCCAGGCUGUGGGCAGGAAGGCCGCUGAGCGCAUGCGGGUGGAGGUGGUCUCUCUGAGCCUCAGGCCAGAAUCUCGGGUGUCCCGGGACAGCAGUGUGGUGCGCCUGUUUGUGGAGUACUCCUUCCUGGAUCUGCCCACAGAGGAAACCCCCCUGUCGCUGCCCAAACCCCCGCAGGGCAAAAGCAUCAACUACAACUACAGCAAAGUCGUUCCUGUGGACGCAGAGACUCACGGGGCGAGACGUCAGCUGCUGAGGGAAGUCCUGCAGGGACGAAACCCUCCGAUGGAGAGGAUCCGGUUCACAGUGGUGAGCGAGCCUCCAGAGGAAGAAGAGCAGGAGAGGGAGUGUGAGGACGUGGGCGUCGCCUUCCUGAGGAUCCCCGAAAUCCUGGAGAGACGACAAGACCUGGUGGAGAGCAGUCUGACCGUUGUGGACGUGGAGGACAGCAGUGAGGUGGUGGGCAGUCUGCUGGUGUCUCUGGAAGGUUUGGAGGCUCUGCAGUGCGUCAUGGAGGAGGCGGAGCUACAGCAGAUGCCCGUCUCCAUCCCGCUUCCGUCAGCAUGAAGCAGCAACAUGGCCGCUACUCAGCACACUAAACACGGCGGCAGGAGGCUCCUCGUACAUGUAUGUUUCAGUAAAACGUCUACUGUUCUCUGAAACACACAGUGGACUCUCCAGAUCAGCUGACACACUGAUAAUAACACGUCAGGUGUGAUUUUAACAUGUCAGGUGUGUUUUGAAGCACUCACACUGUGAAUGUCUGUUGAUGUUCCUUUUUGCUGAAUUUGUUGUUUGCAGGUCAAAAUACAAGCAGGUAAAAACUUUGUGCCCCAAAUCCAAACUACAUAUUCAUUCUGUAAUGUGUGUGUGUGUGUGCGUGUGCGUGUGUGUGUGUGUGUGUGUGUGUGUGUGUGUGUGUGUGUGACAAGAUUAAAAAGUUCCUCUGGAUAAUCGCUGGUCAGUUUUGUCUGACAGGUGAGCCUCUGUGUCAGUCAUGUGACAUGUUGGCAGGUAAACAGCCAUCAUGUGAAAUCUGUAGAUAAGAGAAAACUGUAUGGAGACAAAUCUACUGAUUAAAAAACUACCAUCUGAUCUAAUUUAUGAGUUUAAAGUCUGCUGUUGAACAUUACAAAUGUGAAAUAAUUUCCAGUUAUUUCAUGUGUUCACUUGUUUGUUAUUUUUACUGUAGUCAGCUGAUCUGAGGUUGUUUCUCAGUGUGUUGAUACAGGUGAUCUCACCUGUGACUCUGACCUCUUAUAAACCUGCAGAAUAAUGUUUAUUACUGAGACACAGAGAAAGAAGUCAGUGUGCCUUAAAUUAUCUUUUUACUGUAUGAUGUUUUGUAUUGUCUCCAAUAAAGAGCUGAUUUUCUGUA